UCUUAAUCACUUGCAUCGAAUAGCGACAAUGAUGGCAUUUGUAAAUCGAGUGGUGCACAUUUCUGCAGAGGAAGUUCUCUGCCUCAUUAAUUAAUUAAUUAAAGAGUGUGGUGAUAAUCGGGCCCGAAAAAUAUGUCUCAUGAGCGAUGAGCACCAAAAAGACUAUUUCUUUGAGGAAAACGAAGAAACCUCACGAGGAAAAGGAUAUUCCAACGCCAAGAGUCAUAUCCCAUGAAUUAUAUUUUCCAAGAUUUGGAACUGCAAACAGUUCCACUCCUCCUUCCCCUUUUAUCAUCAUCGAUGGGAAAUUGUUGAGGAGCGCUAUGUCCUUUUGCAAGAAGAAAAGCAACAGGAGAGUCAAGUUUCCGGAUCAUGAUUUUAGCGUCACCGCUUAUUUCGAAUCCAUCGAGCCAUGGGAUUAUAUUAUAGACGGAAAAGAAAAUUCCGAGGAAGAAGAGACUGACGAGAGUGAAGAAAGUGACGAAAGUGAAGAGAGUGAAGACAAUAAAAGCGAAAGUAGCAGCGAUGGAAGCCUUUACGAAAAAAUCGAAGAAAAUAAUGAUGAAGGAAGUCAAAGAUCGAUUACGUAAAGAUUAAUUACGAAAAAUCACGAAUAUCUCAACAGGAUGAAUCUGGAGAUCUGCAAGAUUCCAAAAGUUCAAUUUUAUGACUUCGAAAAGAAACCGAGGAUACAUUUUUUUACAGAAAAAUAAUGAGACGAUUUGUCUAACAAUUUACGAAUUGUAAAGUGCAGAAAAUUAUUCAAAAAUAUAAACAUAAAUGACUCUGAAAGAUGGAUAAAAGUGUAAA